UAAGCUCUGCAACGUAAACCCACAAAAUACAGUCUUUAAUUCAAUCCCAUUCUCAAGGUCCUCUAGAAAAACCAGUGAAUUGUAAUGGAGGAUCUGUUAAGCUCAGGAGGGAUAGCGCCCGCCAUGGAUUAAUAUUUAUUAUUGUUAGUAUAUGCCUUAAUUUAAUUAAUUAAUUUGUUUAAUUGUUGAUUAAUUAUUAAUUUGGUGAUCACUCUGUCACACCAUGAACCGGUGGCGCUAUCUAUCCUGAGUUCCAUAGCUCCUUCUAAUUACUUAAUUACCACUCUCGAGCUUCCGUAUCGUUCAUUCGGUGCUAGAUACAGGUAUAAUUGAAUCGGUUCCCAGCUAUUCUUUAUUUACUUAAUUCUAUACUACGUAUAUUUUUUCCGUUCUUUUUCAGUUCUAACAUUCACAUUCGUGUUUGUCAACACACAAUUUUGAAAUUCAUUAUAUUUAAUUCUCUGUUAAUAAAAUUAUUUAAAAUUCAGAGUGUGAAAGUAUUUAACGAGACAGACUUAACAAUAUUUUUGAAAAUAAACAAUUAUCAUACAUUAAUAAAUAAAAUAUAGUCAAAGUAAACUAAUAAGUGAAUAAUGUAAAAAUUUUCAUAUUGAAACUAAAAACAAAUGAAUUAUACUCCCCAGUACUACCUCCGUCCCAAUUUAUGUGUCUUAGUUUGACUUGACACGAUUAUUAAUGAAGUAGUUGAAAAAGUAAAAGUUGUGGAUGAUGUUUGAAUAUAAUAAAGUGAAAUGGUGUAGACCUCAUAUUUCUUUCCAAAAAAAGAAAUAGAAACUCAUUUUGGGACAAUCCAAAAAGAAAAAUAGGACAGAUAAAAUGGGACGAAUGAAGUAUAUAAUUAAGCUUACCAAUCAUUUAAUGUUUAGAAAUUAGACACCAUAUAUGAUGGAGUAUUACUUUUCUUACAUUAAAAUUAGAUUCCGGCACAGUACUUUCUGGAACGUGUGGUGUCUUUGUUUGCAAAUGUGGUUACUUAUAUGUUAUGUCCUUUACAUUCACAGUAAUUUUAACAACCAAGAGCCUAUUUUGUACUCCCUCCGUUUCUAUUUGGUUGACACAGUUUGACUUGUCAAGAUUUAAGGGAAAAAAGUUAUUGAGUGGUAAAUUUUACUGUAGAGUACACUGUUUGGCACUGUUUGAACACUAUUUGGCACUGUUUGAACACUGUUUGACACUGUUUUGCACUGUUUAGGUAAAGAUUUGUUUACCAAAUAAGGAAAUAAAGAAGUGUGGCAUUCAUUUUGAAACGUCCAAAAAAGGAAAGUGUGUCAACCAAAUAGAAACGGAGGGAGUAGUACUUAAAAUGGUUGAAAUGAUAAGGUUAUUCAAAAGUAGAAACAAAUUGCUCAAAAUAGAAAGCAAAUUAAACAUAAAAGUAUAGCGCACAAAAUUUUAUUCCUAAAAUAGAAGGUAACGUAUUUGGUUCUAUGAAAAGCCUGAGAUUUCUCCAUUGAGGAAUGAAUUAGGAUGUUUUUACUUGGACUGUAAUUUGCUGGUCUGGUCUGGUCUGGUCUGGUCUGAACUGGUCUGGUCUGGUAAGGUCUAGUUUCUUUGUAUUUUUAUAACUAUCCAAGUCUGGUCUGGUCUGAACUGGUCUGGUCUGGUCUGGACUGGUCUGGUUUGGGACAAAUUACAGUCCAAGUAAAAUUGUAAAAACAUCCUUAGUCCUAACCAGUUUAGAAACAAAUUAAAUUAAUGACGCACUUAACCUCUUAUUAUGCACUUUAUCUAUGAUAUAAUUUUAUUUAAAGAAUUUCCUCUUGAGUUGAUUGCUAAAAUUCUAUUUUGUAGGUCUUUUCCAUGAAUAUUAUCAAAUUAAAUUUAAAAGAUAAAAAUAUAACUUAAUUUAAUAUUCUUCAAACAGUGACACAUUCAAUCACUAGUUCUCAAUGACUCAUUAUUUAUCAGUGACUUAUCACGCUAAAAUGCACUAUAGUGAUUUUGUACAGUUAUUUGUAUACAGUGGUUAAACAUAUUUUUGUCUAAUACUAGUCAUAUUUUUGUUUGGAAAAACUAUGUUAGUAAUGUACAUAUCAUUGUGAAAAAUGUAUGAGAAAAGUAUCUAACCCAAAGGAAAAUAUUACAAUAAUGCUUGAUGAGUUGAUGUAUCCACUCUUAUACCCACCUUAUACCCACCAUGUUUGUGAAAUGUUUUUUUUGUUUGUGCACCACAAUAUUUUGUUUGUGCAAAAUAUUGUCUAUGAUCCGGGGUUCACAAUAGAUAAAAAAAAUACUUCACAAACAUAGGUGGGUACAAAAGUGGGUAUAAGCAUCCUUUUUGAAAAUAUUAUCCUCUUCAAUAACGUUAAUUAUUAACUUUACUAACGGCAUCCACAUUCAUGGAUUAUUUUUGGGAUCAUUUUGAUGAUGUGGAAGAUUUUUUUUGGUAUCAUGGAUGAAUAGUUGAGAUUAUUUUAUGAGAUUAUUUGAUAAAAUAAUCUGGUAUCAAAUUCUAAAGCUGGAUUAUUUUGAGAUUAUUUCUAACUUCUAGGCAUAUACUCAUAAUUAUGGUGAUGACUAGCUUGGUAGUUCGUGCAUGCUCAUGUUCCUAUCCAAGAUAAAUUAAGAUCAUGAAUGAAGAAAAAUUUAGAGCCCGUUUGGUAGCACGAAAAUCGGCUGUUUUGGCUGGUUCUGCUGAAAUUUAUGAAGUUCUGGCUGAAGUGGCUGUUUUGGCUGAUUCUGCUGAUUUUAGAAAAAAAUAUUUUAAAAAUAUAUUUUAUUAAUAAAAUAAAGAAAAAAUUACAUGUAAAAAUAACUAAAAUGGUCAUCUACAGUAACUUCAGCCAAUACAGCCAGAAAAGUAACUCCAACCUUACUUUUUCUGCUUAUUACACAAUUCAGCACGCGAAAGUAAAAAUUACGUGUUUGGUGAAAAAGCUGGCUGAUAAGCCUGAUAAGCCGAAGAAAGGGGUCUCCAAACGGGCUCUUAUUGAUUUGGAGAUUAUUUGAAACUAUCUUAUGUGGAGAUGACAAUCAUGACAUGACAAUAAUAAGUCAUGAAAAACCGUAAAGUCGAAAAUGAUCAAUGUAGAUGCUCUAACUAUCAAAAUCUUAUUGGAAUUUUUACCAAAAAAAAAAGAUCUUAUUGGAAUUGUUUCAUUAUAACUUAGUCGAGCCACGUCAAUAAUUGUCAAAAAGAAAUUUGUAGUUUGGCAUGCAUCAAGUAAAUGUUAUCGUAAAGAAGUAGAGUACUGUACCGUUUGUACUGUACAAUUACAUUUACUUGAGGGUUCAUAGUAAAUUAAAUUGAUAAGAUUUCAUUCAGUAUUUCAAUGAUAAGAUUUAGUUGAUUUAUCAACUAAAGUUGGAGAAAAGAUCAGAAAGUAUGAGUUAAUAGAAAGUUAAGGAAAGUAGGGUGAAUGGCAAUUUAAUUCUAAACAGUUUUGAUUUGUAGUCCUUGUCAAUUUUAGUUAGUUCUAAGUUUCAUCCUCUAACUAAUAGAUAUUUAUGAUUUAAUAAAGACUUCCCAUAAAAAGCGCACACUUUUCAAGCUAAAAUAUACUGAAAAAGAUGUCACCUGUGCUGAACUUUUCGCUGGGAAAUGUACUUUCCGGUGGAAGAGACAUUAAAUUACAAAGAUUUAUUUGUUACAGGAUCAAAUCUGCAAACGAGUAAAGUUAUAAAACUAAUAACGAGAAUGACCGAAAGUGGUAGGACUAAAAUUGCAAAUCUCCCAGAAAGCUACCAUUGGAUUAAAAAAUUCAGAUGUCAAGUUGUUAAGAUUCGCGAUCUAUCCAAAAAGGUCAAUUAGGGAGUGUUUGGAUCUGAUUCUUAAAACUGCUUUUGCUCCUUCAGCGAGCAGAAGCAGAAGUUGAGGUGUUUGGGUACAAGUGCAGAAGUGAUUCUGGGCUCUAAUUUACUUAUAGAAUUAGUUUUUUUAGAAGCUGAGGGAGACCAGCUUCUGAAUACUAAUUCUGAUUCUGCUUCUGCUUUAAAAAAGAAGAAAAAGCAGAAUCAGUUCCAAACACCUCAGAUCAAAGAAAUAAUCCAAAAUUUUAUGUAUAGGACUGUUUUGUUAUUUUAUAUCAACCUCAUGUGGGAUAUAUACUUAACACUUUCAAUCAGUCCAAAUUGGAUUGGAUAACGUCAGCUAUAUAAAUAAUUUAUAUCAACCUCAUGUGGGAUAUAUACUUAACACUUUCAAUCAGUCCAAAUUGGAUUGGAUAACGUCAGCUAUAUAAAUAGGCUAAACAAGACGCUUAACAAAUUAUUCUUAAUUGUGAGUGCUAACCAACAAUCAUAGCACAAUCUAAUCUAGCUUUCAUAUUAUGUUAAGAAUCGAGAUUCUUAUUUUAAAAGGGGAAUCCAAUUUUUUAGAUAUCAGAAAUCAUGAAAGGUGAACCUCAUGAUAGAUUGAGAAACUCAAAAUUUUACAUAGUGUUGUUAUUAAAAAAAAUGCCCUAAAUAGAAGCAAAAACGUUUGCAUAUUCCAAAAUAAAAUUGUGAUGUUUUUAUUCCCUAAACAUAACACUACAAAAAAACACGCGUUUAGUCACGGACCGUAGUCACGGAUUUGGUCCGUGACUAGUUUAGUCACGGUCUAGUCACGGACUAGUCACGGAAAUUUAAAAAAAAAAUAGUCACGGUCAAGACCGUGACUAUGGCCGUGACUACAAUUAGUCACGGUCUUGGCCCGUGACUUAAGUCCUCCGAUAGGCCCGUUUCCGUUUCCGGCGAAUUUUAUUUGAUUCCGACGUCUUAGUCACGGAUGUGGCCGUGACUAUACCCGUGACUAUGAUUAAAAUUUUAUUUUUUCACCUCCCUUAACUUAAUGCGCAACGGUAUUAUGUAUGGAUAACUUUAGUCACGGCCACGUCCGUGACUAGUUUCGUGACUACUUUUAUUAACACGUCAUUAACACGUGUUGGACGCGUAUUGGACACGGUUUUGCUUAGUGACGGACAAAUCCGUGACUAAGUCCGUGACUAAAUUUUUUAUAUAUGCAGGAGCAGCUCAUUCAGCAGAACCACACCAAUUCAUUCCCAGUAUAUACAGUAUCCGUUUGAAAGAUCGAAGGAUGUAGUCUAUCUUCUAUCAUUUUCCCUGUUUAUGCAGAUAAGGCAUAAUGUAUAAACAAAAUAGAAGUUGGAUGUAUGAUAAAGAUGCGGUAUUGUACGGAAUGCAAUCAAAUUUUCUCGAGGGAGUCGGGGAAUUUAUUGAAUUUGCACUUGAACAUCCGGCUUAUAUGAGUGGUGAUAAAAUAAGAUGUCCAUGUUCAAAGUGUAAAAAUCUCAAAUUUAAAGACCCACACGAAGUUGGGUAUGAUUUGUACGCGGUCAGUUUUGUUCCCAAUUAUUAUAAUUGGACUUCUCACGGCGAACCUUUGGAUCCAUCUGUUAUACCACAAACGGUAGGUUCGUCUCGUUACGUCCCUCCAGAGAUGAGUGCGUGGGGAGACCGUGCUGAAAUGAGGUGGGACCAACAAAUGGUAUAUGACGCAUACGGUGUACCGUCUCAGUUGAACCCCCCACAACCACCUAACGACCACCCUGAAGCCUCAACCUCGUAUCAACCAGAUGCGGAUGAAAAUCCGACAUUUUAUCAACCUUAUGUGGAUGAAGGUUUGGCUGAGAGAUUUCAGGAUGUUCUAAAAACUGCCGACCAACCUCUGUAUGCUGAUUGUGAGGGAUACUCUCAGCUAUCCGCUGUUACUGAGUUCAUGAACAUAAAAGCCGAAUACAGUCUCCCUGAAACUUGCAUGAAUAGAGUCUUGCAGUCAGUAGGAGGGAUGCUACCGCGAGAUCAUACCCUUCCCGAUUCAUAUUACCACAUGAAGCAGUUAAUGUCUAAGUUGGGGCUACCUUGUGUUGAAAUUGAUGCGUGCCCGGAAGGAUGUAUGUUGUUCUGGAAGGAGGAUGAGGCACUUGAGUUCUGCAAGUUCUGUGGUGGAGACAGAUACAAACCUGUUCGUCAAGGUAAAAAGAAACCACGACAUAGGUCUGCACUGUCUAAACUGUAUUACCUCCCAAUAGCUCCUCGACUGCAAAGGAUGUACGCUUCGACUGCUACUGCGAAACACAUGACAUGGCAUGUUGAGCACGAAACCAACGAGGGUAUGAUGGCUCACCCUUCGGACUGUGAAGCCUGGAGACACUUUGACCGCUGUCAUCCUCAGUUUGCUAUGGAGCCACGAAAUGUGCGGCUGGGAUUGUGCUCAGAUGGAUUUGCUCCUUUUGGCAGGUUUGGCAAGAACUAUUCAUGUUGGCCGGUCAUGUUAACUCCUUACAAUCUCCCUCCCGACAUGUGCAUGAAAAGUCAUUUCAUCUUUUUGUCUUUAAUUUGUCCGGGUUCCAAGGAUCCUGGGCGAAAGAUAGACAUUUAUCUUCAACCCCUUAUUGAGGAGAUGAAAGAACUGUGGGCCGUUGGGACACCAACUUAUGAUGUUUCAUCAGAUAAAAUGUUUAUCAUGAAAGCUGCCAUCAUUUGGACCAUUAGCGACUUCCCUGCCUAUGGCAUGCUUUCGGGAUGGAGCACACACGGUCUGAUGGGAUGUCCGAUAUGCAUGGAGAAAUCAGGUGCCAACUGGCUCAGUUACAGCAAAAAAGGAAGUUACUUUGAUUGUCACCGCAAGUUUCUCCCGGAAAGGCACCGAUAUCGAAAGGACAAGAAGUCUUUCAUUAGAGGCAGAGCGGUACGAGAGAGCCCACCCCCGAGAUUGACCGGUGAAGAAAUUUAUAACUGGGUUCGACGUUUUCCUACGGCUAUGGAAGAGCCAAACCAAGAGCCAUAUGGGUAUUGUGAUACCCAUAAGUGGACAAAGAGGAGCAUAUUCUGGGAGUUGCCUUAUUGGAAAGACCUUCUCAUCCGUCACAAUUUAGAUGCCAUGCACACUGAGAAGAACGUCUUUGACAAUAUAUUUAACACGGUGAUGGAUUUGAAAGGCAAAACUAAAGACGGUCUUGCAACUAGGAAAGAUAUGACUAUUUGGUGUGAUAGACCCGAACUUUCUGUUGAUCUAGAAUAUCAGGGCAAGGAAGUUCCAAAAGCAGUCUACCAGGUCACAGAACCACAAAAGGCAGCAAUAUUAAAAUGGCUUGCGUCUCAGAAGUUUCCAGAUGACUACUGCUCCAACUUGUCUAGAUGCGUAGACAUGAACAAACUUACCACGACGGCGAGCAUGAAAACUCACGAUGCUCAUGUAAUAAUGCAAAGACUUCUACCAAUUGCACUAAAAGAGAUGCUCCCUGAACACGUAUGGUCCUGCAUUACUGAAAUCAGUUUGUUGUUUCAAUCGAUAUGUUCCAGCGUUUUGGAUGCGGCAUCCCUCCGGAGACUACAAGAGUCUGUUCCCAUUCUGAUGUGUAAUCUGGAAAAAAUAAUGCCACCAUCGUUUUUCGAUACAAUGGAACAUCUCAUAAUACAUCUUCCGUAUGAGGCUUUGACUGCUGGGCCCGUCUUCUAUCGGUGGAUGUACAGAUUUGAAAGAUUUCUAGGAGAGCUGAAAAAGAAAGUGACCAACAAGGCACACGUUGAGGCUUCAAUUUGUCAAGCGUAUCUUCAACAAGAAAUCUCAACGUUCUCGUCUUUUUACUUCGAGCGUGACGUCAUCACCAGAAGGAAGAGACCUGCCCGGAACGAUGACAUUGGCGAGGAUUUAUAUGAAAAUGUAGUUUCCAUCUUCAAUUACCCAGGCAGAGGUAAAGGUGCUGCGACACAACGAUACAUCCUGGGUGGGGAAUUGCAAAUUGCGCAUACUUAUAUCCUCACGAAUUGUCCAGAAAUCUCACCAUUUUAUCAUGAAUUCCGAGCUUCUUUAUCAGCCUUUCCUGAGAAUGAAAUUGAUGCGUUGGUGGACUCUGAUUUUGUAAAUUGGUACAAGUAUCAGGUAUAUAUAUACACACAUUAAUUAUAUAUAUUACCUAAUGUUUACCCAAUGUUAUUAUGAUGUUUAUAUUUACAGAUCAAUAGUCGUGGGAUUGUCGACCCUUUGUUAGUAUCAUUAGCGUGGGGCCCAGGUGCCAGUGCCAAAGUGUGGCGGCAAUAUGUGAUAAACGGUUACACAUAUCACACAGCCGAUUACGGAGAGGGCCGACCAACAACGAACAGCGGGUUAUGUGUCCCGACCAUCGGUUAUGAUAACUCGGAAACCAAUUUUUUUGGUGUCCUGCAGGAGAUUCUGGAACUUGAGAUGCCUUCUGGUGCGAAAAAUUCACAUGCGUUCUGUUCCGUUGCACAUGGGUCGACCCCACACGUGGCGUGCGCAAAAAUCCGAAGUAUAAUAUGAUUGACGUCAACCACUCUCGUGUGUACCCGAAAAAUGAGCCUUUCAUACUCGCCAACAAGCAGCGCAGAUUUAUUAUGCAGAAUAUCCUUCAACAAGGCGGACACAGAAUCCUUGGGUGUGUGCAUGUCCUGUCCGUCUGAACAAAAUAAAAUCACAAACUCAACACAAGGACGUUGAUCUAGAUGCUUUUCAGCAACAAUUUUUCCAACCUCCGUCUAUUGUUGAGACGGUCAACUAUAACGUCCAAUUAAGUGAUCCAAAUGGCGGACGUGUUGAAGUCAUGCCAGAAACGCACCUUCCGGACCUAACCAUUCCAUCUGAGCGCGAAAUUGAGGAAAUGUAUGUAGCACAACAAAAUGCUCAAUAUCAGGAAGAAGGUGAAUGGAUAGACGGUUCAGAUACAGAAGAAGACACUAUAUAUGUAGAAAAUAACGAUUCUGACAGCGAGUAAUUGUGCUGUUGUAAUUUCAAUUUUGUGAUAUAAUUUCUCCAAGCAUAUUUGAUAAUUUCUUUCAUCAUUAUUGUUUGUAAAAUAAUUACUCCUUAAUCUGUUCUAUACCACAUAAAUUCAAAGCAAUUUAUUUAAU